AUGUGCGGCAUUUUCGCUUACAUCAACCACUUGGUGGAGAAGGACCGCAAGCAGACCAUUGACAUUCUCGUCAACGGUCUCGCGCGUCUCGAAUACAGAGGCUACGACUCUGCCGGUAUCGCAAUCGAUGGCGAUGGCGAGAAGGACACAUUGGUCUUCAAGCAGGUCGGCAAGGUCGCUGCUCUCCGCAAGCAUAUCGAUGAAUCCCCCAUCGACCUCAGCAAGGUCUCGAUCUCGCAGAUGGGUAUGGCCCACACACGUUGGGCCACCCACGGUCAGCCUAGCCCGCUCAACUGCCAUCCUCACCGAUCCGACCCCACCAACGAGUUCACCGUGGUCCACAAUGGUAUUAUCACCAACUUCAGGGAGCUCAGAAUGGUUCUCGAGAAGCGCGGUUUCAAGUUCGAGAGCGAUACCGACACCGAGUCCGUAGCGAUCCUCUGCAAAUACCUCUACGACUCGGCUCAGGGCCGCAAGCCAGACUUCACCUCGCUCAUCAAGAGCGUCGUUAAGGAGCUCGAGGGCGCCUUCUCGUUCGUCUUCAGGUCGGUCCACUUCCCCGGAGAGCUCGUCGUCGCUCGUCGUGGUUCGCCCCUCCUGAUUGGUGUCAAGACCGAGAAGAAGCUCAAGGUCGACUUUGUUGACGUCGAGCUGGGUGGUGCCGUGGAGGAGACCGGGUUCGGCGAUGCUGGCCUUCUUGCUCCCCCCGGAGGCGAUCCUUCGGGACCUGGCUCGCUCACCGUGCCCAACGCAAACAACAAGCUCCUCCGCUCCCAGUCGCGUGCUUUCCUCUCCGAAGAUGGUCUGCCCCAGCCAAUCGAGUACUUCAUCGCUUCCGAUGCUUCUGCUGUCGUCGAGCACACCAAGCGUGUUCUCUACCUCGAGGACGACGAUGUUGCCCACAUCUCCGAAGGCGAACUCCACAUCCACCGCUUGCGAAGGAACGACGGUCUCAGCUCCAUGCGAUCCAUCGAGACCCUCGAGAUGGAGCUCGCCGAAAUCAUGAAGGGCUCCUUCGACCACUUCAUGCAGAAGGAGAUCUACGAGCAGCCCGAGUCGGUCGUCAACACUAUGCGAGGCCGAGUUGACUUUGACAAACGCCAGGUCAAGCUCGGUGGGCUCGAGGCAUUCCUCAACACCAUCCGCCGAUGCCGCAGGAUUGUCAUGACCGCCUGUGGUACCUCUUACCACUCGUGCUUGGCCACUCGUGCCAUUUUCGAAGAACUGACCGAGAUUCCUGUCUCCGUCGAGCUCGCCUCGGACUUCUUGGACCGCAAGACGCCCAUUUUCCGCGACGACGUCUGCGUCUUUGUCUCGCAGUCGGGUGAGACGGCCGACACCAUCCUCGCGCUCCGAUACUGCUUGGAGCGUGGUGCCCUCUGUCUCGGUGUUGUCAACACGGUUGGCUCUACCAUGUCGCGGGAGACCCACUGUGGUAUCCACAUCAAUGCUGGUCCCGAGAUCGGUGUCGCAUCCACCAAGGCAUACACCUCCCAGUACAUCGCCCUCAUCAUGAUGGCCGUCCAGCUCUGUGAAGACCGCAUCUCGAUGACGGAGCGCAGGCACGCCAUCAUUGAUGGCUUGCACGCCCUUCCCGACCAGAUCAAGAGCAUUCUCGCCCAGGACAAGGCGCUUCAGCUGCUUGCGCACAACACGCUCGCCAAGGAGCGCUCCUUGCUCAUCAUGGGUCGUGGUUACCAGCACGCCACCUGUCUCGAAGGUGCUCUUAAGAUCAAGGAGGUCUGCUACAUGCACUCGGAAGGUAUUCUCGCGGGUGAGCUCAAGCACGGCCCUCUCGCCCUCAUCGACGAGUCGAUGCCCGUCAUCCUCAUCAUGACCAAGGACUCGCUCUACCCCAAGGUACAGACCGCGCUGAUGCAGGUCACAGCGCGCAAGGGUCAGCCCAUCAUUAUCUGCAACGACGACGACCAGGACAUCAAGGCGGGCAUGAAGACGAUCCGCGUGCCACGCACUGUGGACUGUCUCCAGGGUCUCUUGACCGUCAUCCCUCUCCAGCUCUUGUCGUAUCACCUUGCCACAGCGGCAGGCGUGGACGUCGAUUUCCCACGCAACCUCGCGAAGUCGGUGACUGUCGAGUAA